AUGGAAAAUUUACUACACUACGAAGUCGCUAGUUGGAUAGUGCAUGAGACGGAAAACGACUGCACACUGAUCAUACGAGCCAACAACGGACGAGCCUUCUACUGCGAUAUAGACCCAUCGCGAUUUGUUCACUCGCCCAAGCUCACCGACAAAUACCUCAAGUGUAUCGAGGUGCUACGGUCUGGAGACGAGUGUGAGGAAUACGAUCUCUACGACGACGAAGAGGCGUGCGACUGGCUGUCGAAGCUGUUCGCGCCUCUCAUCAACCAGCUGGCGCCGGCGCCCUCGCCGGUCCCCGAGCAUGGGCGUCCGAACCUCUCCCAGUACCUGUUCCCUGAGGGCUUCAGUUGCGACCUGACGGCUACCGAAGAAGUCGCACGACCAUACCAUGAGAAGACUCGGGGCAACGGCUUGUGCGGCCCGGGUGUACGCGUAGGGGAUGAGUUUCUUAGGGGCCUCGACGAGUGGACUCGGUCAUACGAUCCGUCCCAAGUCGACAUACUCUACAACCGACCCAAGGACGUUUUGAUAAAACCACCAAGCAAGGUCGUUGUUGAUGCAGGAAAUGGGGACAUGGUCACGUGCUACUUCAAGGAGUUUCGCAGCGGCUCAGAUCCAGACCAGGUGAAGAGGGAGAUAAUGACGCUGGAGAAAAUCGCAAGGGCGCAGAUACCUCUCGCCCCAAAAGCAUGGAUCUGCCGCAUGCAUGGAGUUGUUCGAGAUGGGAACAUGUUGAUGGGAAUGCUGCUUUCCUGGAUCGACACACGCGGGGUGCUCUCAAGAGCCGAAGCCGAGAUAAGCUCGUCCGCUUUGAGGCAACGUUGGAGGGAGCAGAUCACCACAUCACUGGGAAUGCUGCAUCGCGAAGGCAUCAUCUGGGGUGACGCUAAAGCCGAGAACAUCUUAAUUGACAGGGGCGAUAAUGCCUGGAUCAUCGACUUUGGAGGCAGUUACACACCUGGGUGGGUUGACAAGGACAAAGCUGAGACGUUGGAAGGCGACAAGCAGGGUCUCGAGAAGAUACUCAGUUUCCUUUAG